AUGGCGCAUAGAGUAGAACAGGAUUACGAUUACUUGUUCAAGAUCGUGUUGAUCGGUGAUUCAGGUGUCGGGAAAUCGAAUAUAUUGUCUAGAUUCACAAGGAAUGAGUUUUGCUUGGAGUCUAAGUCCACCAUUGGUGUUGAAUUCGCCACUAGAACUCUUCAGGUUGAAGGAAAGACUGUAAAGGCUCAGAUAUGGGACACGGCAGGGCAAGAGCGGUACAGAGCCAUCACAAGCGCUUACUACAGAGGCGCAGUAGGUGCAUUUCUUGUCUAUGACAUCACCAAAAGACAGACGUUUGACAAUGCCCUAAGGUGGCUACGCGAGCUAAGAGACCAUGCGGAUUCCAACAUUGUGAUCAUGAUGGCUGGGAACAAAUCCGAUCUAAACCACUUGAGAUCAGUUGCUGAGGAAGAUGGUCGGAAUCUAGCUGAGGCAGAAGGUCUAUCUUUCUUGGAGACAUCUGCUCUUGAAGCCACAAAUGUUGAGAAAGCAUUUCAAACCGUUCUUGCAGAGAUUUAUCACAUCAUAAGCAAAAAAGCUUUGGCUGCUCAAGAAGCAGCGGCUGCUAAUUCUGCGAUUCCAGGGCAAGGAACAACGAUUAACGUUGAUGAUACCUCUGGAGCUUCCAAGAGAGGUUGCUGCUCUACUUAG